AUGAGCGAUCGCGAGAAAGGUCUCAGCUCGGCGGUGGCUCACGUACUCCCUGAGGUACCGCACGGGUACUGCUGCUUCCACAUCAAGAAGAACACGAAGACUGAGUGCAAGACGGACUUCAACGGAAAGAUCACUAAGCUUGCAAAGGUCACGACAUCAACGGAGUACGCCAGACUGAUGGAUGAGUGCGAAGAUGAAAACGCAGCGGCAGCAGAGUAUCUAAAAGGUAGGGGCGUAGCCUGUACCGUGUCCCGUGUGUCCACAGUGGCGGCUGUAGCCGAAUCGUUGCCUAUAGCCGGGAUGCGGUGUGUAUCCUAUGAGUACCGUGUAGCCUAA